UGUGGGGCAGUCUCAAUUCACUUCAACAGUUUGAAUGCAGUUCAAAAAUCAUCACCAGGAGCCCGACUUUCUGUCACAGUUGACUGGGUGAUGCUACUAAACUAAUGGUUGACUGUUGACAGAGAUGUAAACUUCAAAAAGAGAUGACACUUGAAUACCAUCUCUAUCCCAUGUAGAUCCCAUAUAUUCUGAAGUUAAGGCUAGUUUUGAACAAUCAUUUUGGAGUUUGCAGACAUCAACUGAACGUUCAGAAAUGGCGUAAGGUUGACUUAUUUCUUUCCUUCGCCUUUUCAUUUUCUCUUUGUCCUUGGUAGGUGUUAUCGCUAAUUUUUUGUGUUGAUUAUAAAAUCAUGGUUUAAGCACCAUGUGAAUUUCAUUACGCUUGGUUUCACAUCUUAAUUUUCCUCGUCUUCAAUCGGAUAUUUGGGUCCUGAAUGAAUUCUUGACUUGGGAGCUGGGAAUAGAAAUUAGAUGAUCACUUUAGAGGUUGCUUGACAAAAUUUUUCCCUGCAGAUGCUGAAAUCCUUCCUGUCUAAAGGAAAAUGAAAGGGCAGAGCCUUUCCUUCUUCACCUUCUUUUAUACUUCCAUCUCUUUCUCAAUGCUCCUGAGGUCCUCCACUGCAGCUGAUACCAUAACCCCAAACCAAUCCCUUGUUGAUGGCAUGACCUUAGUUUCCACAGCGCAAAGCUUUGAAUUAGGCUUCUUUUCCCCAGGUGAUUCCAAUAGUCGGUAUUUAGGGAUAUGGUAUAAAAAAUUCCCCAACACUAUUGUAUGGGUGGCAAACAGGGAAAAGCCAAUAACAGAUAGGUAUGGAGUUUUAAGUAUUGAUAGUGACGGAUAUCUAAUCCUCCUUGACCAAACAAAGAGAACUAUCUGGUCAUCAAUUUCCUCAAGAUUACCCAAAAAUCCAGUUGCACAGCUAUUAGAGUCUGGAAACUUUGUUCUUAGAGACGCAAGUGAUGUAAAUUCAGAAAACUAUUUAUGGCAAAGCUUUGAUUUUCCAUGUGACACAACGCUACCAGGCAUGAAGAUGGGAUGGAAUUUAAAAACUGGCCAGGACUGGUAUGUAACAUCAUGGAGAAACGCCAGUGACCCGUCACCUGGAGACUUCACUUAUAGAAUUGAUAAGGUUGGGCUGCCUCAAAUUGUUCUUCGUAAGGGAUCAGAGAAGAAGUACCGCACAGGAACAUGGAAUGGACUCCGGUUUAGUGGUACUGCAGUGAUGACAAACCAGGCUUUUAAAACUUCUUUUGUAUACAAUGAAGAUGAAGCAUACUAUCUGUAUGAGCUUAAAGAUAAUUUAAGUAUAACAAGACUGACGCUGAAUGAACUGGGUUCAAUCAAUCGCUUUGUAUUGAGCGAAAGUAGCACUGAGUGGGCCAUAAUGUAUACAGUACAGAAUGACCUGUGCGACAAUUAUGGACACUGUGGUGCUAAUGGCUUUUGCAGAAUAGGAAACACACCAAUUUGUGAGUGCUUGGAUGGCUUUGUUCCAAAGUCACAGAAUGAAUGGGAGUUUCUGAAUUGGACCAGCGGAUGCAUUAGGAGCACUCCAUUGGAUUGCCAAAAAGGAGAAGGGUUUAUAGAAGUUAAAGGUGUGAAAUUGCCUGACCUGUUGGAUUUUUGGGUAAACAAGAGGACGACCCUUAGGGAGUGUAGGGCUGAGUGCUUGAAGAACUGUUCUUGCACCGCUUAUGCUAAUUCAAAUAUUAGCAAAGGAGGCAGCGGCUGCUUGAUGUGGUUUGGCAAUUUGAUUGAUGUCCGUGAAUUCCACGCCCAGGAGAGUGAGCAAACGGUCUAUGUCAGAAUGCCAGCCUCAGAACUAGAAUCAAGGCGCAACUCCAGUCAAAAGAGGAAACAUCUGGUGAUUGUGGUGCUUGUAUCCAUGGCUUCUGUAGUGCUCAUUUUGGGUUUGGUAUUCUGGUGUAUAAUUUGGAUGAAGAGAUGGAAGAAAAUAGAUACAGGUCCAGAAAUGCAGAAGGAUGAAUUUGAAUCACCAUUGUUUAGUCUAGCCACUGUGGCAAGUGCCACCAAUAACUUUUCUUGUGCAAAUAUGAUCGGAGAGGGUGGUUUUGGUCCCGUUUACAAGGGCACGCUGGGAACUGGACAGGAAAUAGCAGUGAAGAGGCUUUCAAAUAAUUCUGGACAAGGACUUCAAGAGUUCAAGAAUGAAGUUAUUUUGAUUUCCAGACUUCAACACCGUAAUCUAGUUAGGCUUUUGGGUUGUUGCAUUGAAAGGGAAGAAAGGAUGCUAAUCUAUGAGUAUAUGCCCAACAGAAGCUUGGACUACUUUAUUUUUGACCAGAUGAGACGUGUCUUACUGCCUUGGCAAAAGCGCUUGGACAUUAUCCUGGGAAUUGCACGAGGUCUUCUUUACCUCCACCAAGACUCCAGAUUGAGAAUCAUUCAUAGAGAUCUCAAAACCAGCAAUAUCUUACUAGACAGCGAGCUGACCCCAAAAAUUUCAGACUUUGGCAUAGCGAGAAUUUUUGGAGGAGAUCAAAUUGAAGCCAAAACAAAGCGAGUAAUUGGAACGUAUGGUUAUAUGUCUCCAGAGUAUGCAGUUGAUGGUCAAUUUUCAGUGAAAUCUGAUGUCUUCAGUUUGGGUGUGCUUUUGUUAGAGAUAGUAAGUGGCAAAAAGAACAGGGGAUUUUGUCAUCCAGAUCACUACCACAAUCUUUUGGGACAUGUGUGGUUACUGUGGAAUGAAAACAGAGCCUUGGAACUGAUGGAGCCAUGUUUGGUGGACUCAUAUGUUGAAUCUCAAGUACUAAGAUGCAUUCAAGUUGGUCUACUAUGCAUCCAAAAACUCCCAGAAGACAGGCCAUCAAUGUCAUCAGUGGUCUUAAUGUUGGUUAAUGAGGAAAUAACAUUGCCUCAACCCUAGCAGCCUGGUUUCUUCAUAGAAAGAGGUCCUGAUAUAAAUGAAGGACACCACACAGAAAAUGCUGUAACUAUAACAACACUAGAAGCUAGAUAGAGGAUGCAUGCACCAAGGCUAUGUUAGAGAAUAUGGUUUUAUGAGACACUGCUGCAUCUAGGUUUGUGUCUGUCUUCCUACUUAUGAAUUCUUCAAUUUUAAAGUUGGCAUUGUACUUCUAAUAAGGCAUUCCAAUAUUGUAUUUUGUUUCUGAAACUCUAUAUCUAGAUUCUAUAGUUGAUGAAUGUAUUGUAGUCUACAAAUCUAAGAUGCCUGACAUCAUCUUGAAAUCAGGUCAUCUUUGAAUCAAAUGACACUAUCUUGAAGGUUUUAAAAUGAA